AUGUUUGUGCCUCGAUCCGCGAUAAAAAGAUCUUCUACAACACCUGUUAAAACAAAUAAAAGAGUAAAAACCACCACACAAGUUGUGACUAACAUAGAAAGAACGGAUGAACCUUCUGCUCUGAAUCCUGUAAAAUCACCUAAACAAGUUAACAAUAACGUCGAAGAAACUGAAGAGAUUGAUCCUGUUAAAGAAUACUGUUAUCAGCAACGAGAAGCAUCGACUGGGGAACCAGUUUGUGUGGUUUGCGGAAAAUAUGGCGAAUAUAUUUGUGACGAAACGGAUCAUGACGUCUGUAGCAUAGAGUGUAAGAAAAUAGACAUAGAGAGAACAACGAAAAUAAUAAAAGAUAUUUCUCAACCUUUACACAAAACUACGCAGCCAGUUCCCCAACAUUCACAUCAUGCAAACACCACAUUUGUUUCAGGGGAUUCAUCACAAAUGCUCCUACAAAUUCCCUCAGAUCUUUUUCAUGCACAACUAACGGCUUAUUUACCACAUCCAGAAAUUAAAAUUUUGACAAAUUUUCAAGUGCAAUCAAUUUUAUCGAAAAAUAAAAUAAUCGUACGGGGCAAAAAUAUUCCAUGUCCCAUUAGCAAAUUUGAACAUUGCAAACUACCUCCGAAGAUGGCCGACAAUUUGCAACAGAUCGGAUAUUUGGAGCCAACAGAAAUUCAAAUGCAAGUAAUCCCAACAGCACUAGUUGGACGUGAUAUAUUGGCAAGUGCUCAAACUGGAUCUGGAAAGACCGCAGCUUUCUUAAUACCGAUAAUCAUUCAUGCUUGGACGGUAUCACAAUUUCGUGAGGGCAAGGGUGGACCUUAUGCUAUAAUCAUGGCACCGACUAGGGAAUUGUGUUCACAAAUUGAAGAACUAGCAAAAAAAAUGAUCGCAGGUUUACAAAAUAUGAAAACAGCGCUUAUAGUUGGUGGUGUACCUAUGUCCAAUCAAGUUCACCGGUUGAAAAAAGGUGUACAUAUCGUGAUUGCUACGCCUGGACGACUUCUUGGUGUAAUGAAUCAAUACGAGGAAUUAAUAAUGACUAAUAUUCAUAUGAUUGUUAUCGACGAAGUAGAUAUGAUGUUUAAAAUGGGAUUUGAAAAACAGGUCACCGAAAUAAUGGAUAAAAUAAACUCAUCAUCAAAUACACGUCUGCAGAUUCUCAUGUUUUCAGCAACAAUUCCUGAUAAUAUUGAAAAACACGCAAAUCUACUACUUCAUAAUCAUAUAAGGAUUACUGUUGGAGAAUUAAAACAAACAAUUUUAUGGGUAGAAAACAAGUCUAAAAAGAAGCAAUUGUUUUCAAUCCUAAAUGAUCCAAAAUAUUAUCGACCACCAAUAAUUGUAUUUGUCGAAUCUAAAAUGGGGGCUGAUUUAUUAUCACAAGCAAUUGAGAAAAAAUGUGACGCACGGACUAUAAGUAUACAUAGUGACAAAUCUCAAAAGGAGCGAAUGCAUAUUCUUCAAUCAUUUAUAAACGGAGAAUAUGAAAUAAUCGUUUCCACUGGUGUAUUAAGCAGAGGACUAGAUUUGUCCACUGUAAAUAUGGUUGUGAAUUUUGAUAUGGCAGUUUCUAUUGAUGAAUAUGUUCACCAAUGUGGUCGUGCUAGUGGUAGCGAUCAUAAACAUCUUUUUAAAGAAUUUGUGUCGAUGUUGAAAAUGCAACCUUCUGGUAGAGUGACACCUUUACCAUCGAAAUUACUUAAUCAUGGAUAUACUUUUCGAAUGCAAAAGAAGCAUUCUUGGUUAAGACAUGAAUUUGGUCCAAGUUCUCUUUUCUUUAAAAUUAGAUUUGCUGCAGCGGUUACGGAUUUUAGUAGUAACGUGAACCGAUUAGACGACAACCCAG